UCAGCAUUGGAGACCCCCAAAUCAAUCGCCAAAAAGCUCGGAAUAUUUAUUUAUUAUAAAUAAUUUUUGUUUUGGAUAAUUAUAGAUCGAUCAUGUCGGGAAGAAGGGAAGUGAAAUCAGAGCCGAUGAAGGUAGUGUUCAUAAACACUCAAUACGUCGAAACAGAUGCUCGGAGUUUCAAGUCGGUCGUGCAAAACCUCACCGGAAAAGAUGCCACCGUCGCCGGAGAUCCGUCCGAUUACUCCUCCGGCGAUGCUCGUGGUGGCGGCGGCAACAACGGUCUUACCCACACAAAGAGAUCUAAAGGCGGCGGCGGCGGAGGAGGAGUGACGGAGUUGGAUAGAUUUUUCAGGGAGUUGCCGCUGAUCGAUGAGUUGUAUAAAUCAUGGUCAGAUGAUUGAUUGUCAUUAUAAUCCGUAUAAUUUUGAAUUUUGUGUAUUUUGAUUUUUGAUUUUCUAUAUAUACGUGUUGGUAUA